AUGAGCUGUGUGUAUGCGUUUGGGUCCAACGGACAGGGUCAGCUGGGACUGGCGCACGACGAGGACGUGGACACGCCGCAGAGGUCCGUCCUGGCAGGUGAGAGUAAAGUGUCGAAGAUAGCGUGCGGUGGGAACCACAGCGUGGUGCUGAUGAGCAAUGGAACUCUGGCCGGGUGUGGGGAUAACAGGCGAGGUGAGCUGCAGGGCACGGCUGCCCUGCAGCAGGUGCGUGGUUGGACGCCCAUCGAGGUGCCGGCGCCGGUAGUGGACGUGGCAUGCGGCUGGGACACGACGGUCGUGGUCGACACACGUGGCCAUGUAUGGCAGCGAGGAGGCGGUUGUUACGAGUUCGAGCAGCGCCAUCUGCCGGUUCUGGACCCGGCAGAUGGCCGCAUAGCAGUAUACGGGUGCUUCCAGAACUUCGUGGUGGUGCAGGGCCCGCAAGUAUACGGCUGGGGCAGCAACACCAAGUGUCAGCUGCAGGCGCGCAAGUGCCGGUCGGUGGUAGAGCCCACGCUGGUGUGCAAUUUGGGGUCUGUGGCCGUGGACUACGUGGCCAUGGGCAAGGACUUCCUGGUCGUGGUGGACAAGAACGGCCGCAUGGCGCACGCAUCCGGUCGCCUGCCCGCAGGGUUCCAGCUCGAGCAGCAAGAAGCAAGGCUCGGACUCGAGGUCCGCUGCAUGUGGACCUCGAUCCACGUCUGGGACAGGCGCCAGGGCACCGUGGAGUCGUUUGGCAGGGGCACGCAUGCCCAGUUGUUCCCGCAAGACGCCGUGGCCGUGGGCGUGCCCAUCACCAACUUCACUGCCGGCAGUGAGCAUGGCAUCCUGGUCACUGCCAGCCAAGAAGAGCCCCUCCACUACGACGUGCACUGCUGGGGCUGGGGAGAGCACGGCAACUGCGGCCCUCAACGAGGGUCGCAGCCUGGGCUGCAACUCGUGGGGCGGUACGCCACCAGCCCUCGCGUGUUCGGCGGGUGUGCCACCACCUGGGUCGUGCUCGACCAGUACUAA